CGAUAAAAUAGGUAUUCGACCCCACAUUGUCGGGUAAUUGCAGGUAAAUAGGCGCGUAUGAUUUGUUCGUAAGUCGCAAAGCGGCAACUCGUAUCAUUUUAAAUCUGACGAUUUUCUAUGAUGUAAAAACGCUCAAGUUGUGAAUCUGUGUACGUGCUCCGGUACACGGUACAGUGGUCGCAGCAUUGCAGCAGCGAGCAGCCACGUUGCUGGUAUUCCUUUAUCUUCCCCUUCUUGAUAAUCAUUAUCGCGCUUGUUAUCAGCUACGACUUCCAUUAAGUCAAUAACAUUCAGUCGGUUUUGACAGGUCGGCGUGUUUCUGUUACGUUGAUUUAAAUAACGCAGAAAAUUAGUUGUGUACUAGUAUUUAGUAUGGUGUUUAAACCAAUUAUUUUGUAAAUCAGCAAAAUAAUAUUGAAAAAAAUUUUAUUUUUAUUUUGUUCACUAGGUAUCUAAAUAUAUCUACAGCCACAAUCAUGGUAAGUCAACUCGAGCGCACAGUCAUCAUUAACAUUAUAUUUUAUUCUUUUGCAAAUUGCAUGAUUCUUUUCAUUUACAUUUUCAGAAAAAAAUAUUCCAGUCCAUGACGUUAAUAUUAACGUUUUCUAUUUGUUCAGAGACUGUACACGGAAUGUCAAACUCCAAAGAUCCAGUUAUUGAAAAAGUAUUAACACAACACAAAUUGAACACUUUUUAAAUUUAUUUUUUUAUUUUUUAAUAAACUAAAUCGUUUUAUGCAUAUAGUUACAAACCCAACAGCAACAUUUUAGAGGCGAAGAACACAAUUCAAAUUAUGAUCACGAAGCAUUUCUCGGACAAGAAGCGGAGGAAUUUGAUAAUUUGACACAAGAAGAAAGUCAAAGAAGACUAGGGUAAUAUCUAAUUUUUGUUUAAUGAAUUUUCAUUACCUACCAUUAAGAAAAAUGUUGUUUUGUAGUUUGAUAGUUGAUAAAAUAGAUAAAAAUAAUGAUGGGUAUGUGACACAAGAAGAAUUAAAAGAUUGGAUCAAAUUCACACAGAAUCGUUACAUAAUGAACGAUGUAACCAGCCAAUGGGAAACCCACAAACCUAUGGAUAAUGGAAAAUUAUCAUGGGCAUUAUAUAGAAAAAAAACAUAUGGGUAUAUGACUGGUAAGAAUAUUAAUAAUAUCAAAAUAUUAUAUUUAUAAUACCUUUAGUAGGUAUUUAAUAUUUUUGAAAAUUGUUUUUUAGAUGAAGAAGCAAAAGAUGCACUGAAUACUGAUGAUUCUUACACAUAUGCUAAAAUGAUAUUAAGAGACAAAAGAAGGUGGAGUGCAGCUGAUGUGGAUGCCGAUGGACUGUUGACUAAAAAAGAAUUUAUUUCGUUUUUACAUCCCGAAGAAAGUGUUCAUAUGAAAGAUAUUAUUAUAGAUGAAACAAUGGAUGAUAUGGAUUCAGAUAAAGAUAAUAAAAUAUCAUUGAAUGAAUACAUUGGUAAUUCUAUAUUUAUAUAAAUUUGUAUUGAAUUUUGUUUUUAACUUUUGUUUUAACCUAUACUACCUAUUUAUUUUAAUUAUUAGCCGAUUUGUAUCCUGGAUUAAAUAUAGCUGAAGAACCAGAUAUUAUCAUAAAUGAAAAAGAACAAUUUAAAACUUACAGAGAUAAAGAUGGCGACGGAUUUUUAGAUAUUGCAGAGGUCAGUAAUAAUAUUAAACUUGAGCUCGUUUUAGUUUAACAAUUACCUUUAUAAUUAUACAGUUUAUUUGAAUUUCAGGUUAAAGAUUGGAUAUUACCUGAUAAUUUUGAUCAUGUCAAUGCAGAAAGUAGACAUCUUAUUUAUGAAUCAGAUUCUGAUGCUGAUGGCAAGCUAACAAAAGAAGAAAUAUUAGCAAAGUAUGACCUUUUUGUUGGGUCUCAAGCAACUGAUUUUGGAGAAGCUAUAUUGAAACACGAUGAAUUAUAGAACAAGAAUAGUUUUAAAACGAACAAUUAUAUAUUUUGAACUAGUACUAAUAUCUAUGAUAUGUUAUGUAAUAAGUAGGGCUCAGAUUUAAAUGCAAAAUGCAUUUUUUUUUUUUUGUGUGUGAUAUUAAACAAUGCUUUCCAUGUACAUAAUUUGAUUCAUGUAAAUAGAGAUUUCAAAGGUGAAACUUUUGACUUUUUGCAUUUUUCAUUUUUGAAGCAUUUUUUCCGUUUCAUUGCAUAUUUGUACAAUAUAUGCGUACAUAACACGAUCAUCGAUUAAAUAUAUUAUGUAUAUUUAAUCUAUGAUAUGACUUAACAAUUUAAAUUUAGUUAAUUCAAAUAUUUUCCAUGUUUUUCGGGUUUUCCAGUCUAUCAGUCAAAUACAGCCACUCAGUCAACACUAUUGUCACUAAUCAUAAGUCAAACUGUUUAAUAUUCUGUUGUUUAUUUAUAAAUAAAAUAAGAAUAAUAUAAAUUACCAAAUAAAACAAUAAAUUAAAUAAAUGUGUCAUUUUUAAGGGCAUUUUCAAGGUAAAAUGCAUUUUUAGCUUUUUGUGGAGCAUUUUUUGAUAUUUUUUUUUGCAUUUAAAUCUGGUACCUAGUAAUAAGUUAUAAAAAUAUAUUUUUUUAGUAAAUUAACAAUAAAAUAUUUUUAUUUAAUAUAGAUAUAUUAAAAAUUAAGAUCUGACUGAAUUUAAAUGCCAAAAAUAUUUUUCUUGUACAUGAUGUUAUACUUUUACAUUGUUUAUUUACCUAUACAGUUUAGUCAUCUUUAAUACUUAUUUUAGAGUCUUUUAUUCUGUUCAUUUUUCAAUUAGAUCAUUGAAAAUUGAUUUGUUUAUUUUAGUGUAAUACACUAUGUAUAAACUGAAAAAAAAUUUGUUUUUAUUUUUUUAACAAUAUACUAUUCUAAUUUAUUUACCUGAAAUUAUUACAUUAGGUUUAAAAACUUAUUUUUUCAUACGAACAUAAAAAUUAUAGUAACUAUUUAUUAAUAGUAAAAUAUUAUCUAUCUUAAAUAUAAGAAUAUGUAUUUAUUUAUUUUUAUUAAAAUUAUGUUAUAUAGUAAAUAAUUAUUUUGAAGAUUUUUACCAAAUUGUAGUAAAUUUAAUCUAUAGUAAUACUAACAUUUUUUUAAAAUUCAUUUAUGUAUUAAAAAUAAUUUUAUGUACCCCUAUGUAUGAAAAAAAAAAUAUGUUUUAUGAAUAUUAACUUACUAAAUACCUAUGUAUGUGUAUGUACUUAUUAGAUUUAUAACUGUUUUUACUUUAUAUUUUUUCAGAAUAAAAAUUUAUGUAUUGUAUAAUUAUAGUUAUUUUUUAAUUUUUAACUGGGAGUCAAAUUAUUAUAGUAGAUUCAUAUAAAAUUCACAAAAAUG